AUGUGGCUUGAAAACAUCACGAGGGAUCUUGGGGACUUCACCAGCAGUCUGAUGGAGGACACAAAGGGCCUGGCCGACAUGGUAUCACGGAUUGCGGCGGAGGUGACUGGGCAUAGCACCUACAUUGCUGGCGACGAGGAUUCCCUGUUGGCGCAGGAGUGCCCGCUGGAUGAAGCUGCUAUCUUUGCACUGCAGAGAACAGACGCGGUGUACCUUGAGGAACCACGCGAGCCGGAGGAAAAGGCGCUGUUUGAGGAAUGGAUCCGCCGCAGCGUGUACAGCUCUGUAAAUGCGUUUUGUCGGGAUCAUUUUGACGGAUCCGGCAGCGGCAGUAGUUAUAACGCCGCCAUGACGUGCCGCCAACGACUUUUGGACGAGAACCCGCUGGUAGCUGAGAAGUACGCCGCGAUGGUGCAGACAAGCGAUCUUCCUCAGCGGGAGAGCCCAUCGGAGUCCAAGACGACACCCGGGCAGCCGUCAUUAGAGGGUGGGGAAGGGGACGUCAAGACCCCAAAGAAAUCCGCCACAGCUUCCCCUUCUGACUUGCAGCGCGUCACGGAAGAUGCGUUUUUUGAUCGUUACUUCUUCCGUCUCUCGCAGCUGCGCCUCUCCACCGCUGCAGAGCGACGGAAGCGCGAGGAGGAUGAGGCCGCCACCGCCGCAGCAGCAGCAACAGCAGCAGCAGCAGCGAAGGUGGCUUCUGAGGCGGAGGCGCCACGUAAGGAGCAGUCGAAGGGGAAGAGCCUCGCCGAGCGUUUCAUGGAGGCAACCGACGAACUGGUCGGGUGGAAGGAGGAGGAGCCGGCGGACGCGAAAGACACCGGCGCUGGAGAAGACCGCAACUCCCGUGGCGUCGUGCACCGCACGGAGGCGGAAUGGCGGGAACAGGAGGGUAAAAUUGCCGCGCUGGAGUCCCUUGUGCAUCUGCUCCAAGUGGAACUUAACGACGAGCGCCGAAAACUAGCGGCGGUGCUGAAGCUCGUCCAGCAGUGCAACUUGAGCGAGAGUCAGAUGCAGUUGGUACACGCCGCCAUGGAGACGACGACGACGACGACGACGACGGCGGCGGCCAAUUCAUCUGCCGCGUCUUUAUCAUCUUCGCCGCCGAACCACGUAGAGAACCCGGCGAUGGGCGGCAGCGGCGCACAUCACGGCGACGGUGCAUGCGAGAGUGGACGCGAUGCCGCAGUGCAGGAGACUUCAUCGCCGGAAGCCGUGCAGCAGCAGCAGCAGCAGCAGCAGCAGCAGUGUGAGGAGGAGGUGCCGAGAAACCCGGCGUCCCCCCCCAGUAGCUCCUCCUCCCUAGAAAAUGACGGCUGGACGAAUGUGUAG